CCAAUGGCAACUAUGGUGAUAAUAAAGAAGGAAACACUGGUAAUAGAUGUGUUCGGACGGAUAAGAGAUUCAAGAUGGAGGAACAAGUGCAAAAACUUGAUCAAACAAGCUCGAAGUCAAUUGUACACUCAGAAGGUUCGGAGGGAGGCAAUCACAAGGCAAUCGACAGCCGACAUCGCUCAACUACUCAUGUCUGGCGAAUAUGAUGGCGCUAUAGCCAGGGUUGACCAACAUCAUCAGAACGAGUGUCUAUUGUCUGCAUACGGUCAAAUUGAGAAAUUCUGUGACACUGUCCAUACCAAUAUCAAUGAAAUUAGCAGCCGGAGGAGGUUGACUUAUGAAGUUGUUGAAGCAGUUUCAAGUUUGGUAUUUGCUGCCUCAAAGUGUGGCGAAUUGCCGGAGCUACACCAGAUAAGAAUCCUGGUCAAAAAGCAUUUUGGUGCCGAUUUUGAGAAAACAAGUGUAAAAUUACAACAUGGGAAUUUUGUGAACACCAAAAUAAAGUACAACCUUGGAAACAAAUCACUAUCAGAUGAUGAGAAGGUUGAAAUCAUAAGCGAAAUAGCUAGACAGUGCAAGAUCCCCCUGAAGCCUGAUCAAAUUGUUGUGGAAAAACCUGUGCCACAGUAUGAAUCUUUGGAUACCAAUGGGGAAGAUCAAAGGCAGCCUUCAAAAACCAAGGCUAAGUUCUCGAAAAUUGGGUUGAAAUUUUCUGUGUUCGAUCCUGGGAGUUUGAUGCGUAUGUGUGCAAGGAAUAAUGAUUUACCACAGGGACGUGAUGCUUCGACAAAAACAGACGGGGCGUAUGCGCAACUUGAUGGAUCAGGUCGUGAGAACAAAAUGAAUGAUCAAACCAUGUUGAUGAAACUAGGCCUCUCAAGGCCCAAGACUCAUAGUCGAAGGGGACUUUUACGGAAUGAAGACUCGGAUCCUCAGUCAAACAAUGCACACCCAAAGGUUCCAGACUAUGAUGUGCUAGUGGCCACAUUCUCAGAGUACAAGGAAAGCAAUGCCAAUGACAGAACUACUCGUAAGGAGAAGGGGCGGUUUUGAUUCGUUUUUCUGUUACUAGAUUGUGCCACAGAUUGGAUGCUGUAAUUUUUCUUUCAACCAUUGUCGAUAACAUUAUCUGUAAUUUGUUUCUCGGGAAAUUGUAAAAAUGGAUUCUUUUCGGUA